GGCUCAGCGAUGGCGAGGCCCGGACACGCCAGGAGCCGUCCAUUGUUGGAGGAAGAUGAGGACGAGGAGGCCGAGGACCCGGUGGACGCCAUGAUCUUGCGGACGGGCUGCGCAGCGCAGCACCGGGAGCUGCAGGAGUGCAUGGCGGCGCGGCAGGACUGGAGGCACUGCCAGCCCCAGGUCCGGGCUUUCGGCGAGUGCAUGGCCCGGCGGCAGCGCGCCGAGGAGCCGCGCCAGGCGUCCGGCUCACACCAGGCCCACCCCCCACCCGCCAAGCCCACCAUCGGCAUCCCAGGAACGGGGCAGCUGCGCCAUUUGACCCUUUCUUUUGUGUUAUUUUUUUAUUCAAGCGGGUGGGUGUGCCGGUAAAUCCACACUGCGUUGUUGGGAAAUUAAAUCCGGUGGCGUUCAUCAUCCUGCCUGAAGCAC